AUGUCACGUGAUGUUCCACUGGGUCAAAAAUCCCCUGCAAAUAAAUUUCUUUCCCCAGCAGGCCGUGCACUUACCGGGCGUGGGUGUAAAACUCGCGGUAGACUGGCUAGGGUUCCCGGUGGGAGCACCUGCGACGAAUUUUUCAAUAAAUUUUUCAUAUUUUAUUCUAUAGAUAUUAGUGCAAGUAAGUACCUACCGUCCAAGGAAUACGUUUGUGAAGCUCAACAGCAGGACAGCCGUACCGAGUCAAGAAUCGACGAAUCGGUUGUCUCCACACUUUGA